AUGUCACUACCUAUCACCACCUACCAAAUACCGAAUGAGCUGAAGAACAGCCUAGAGUAUGUGGGGCCAAAAGAUACCCGAUCCGCUCGGGAAACUUUGCAGUCGCUUUGCCAAUAUCGACCUGUAACAUCGGAGAAAAAUAUCUGGGCAUAUUGGCAUGCAGGCGUGGAGGCCAUGCCCGCAUGGUGCCGGCGUAACGUAGUGGAUUGGCAUCGGAUUUGUGGCCCUUCAUGGACCAUCCGCGUACUGGAUACGGUUCCUGAUUCUCCGAACCAUGCGCUCAAGUACAUCCCCCCCGAUAUGCUACCGGACACUUUUAUACAAGGCACAAUGGAUGGUCCUUAUGUCGGACCACAUAGCGCGGACUUCUUGCGUGGUGCUUGUCUCACGCUCUUCGGGGGUGUCUUCAUGGAUGUUGGCAUCAUUCUGACCCGAUCCAUCGAUCGCAUCUGCUGGUCCCAGCUCGAAGACCCCGGGACACCCUUCCAGAUCAGUGUUCCCUGGAUGUAUGGAACGGUGAUGGCCAAUCAUUUUGUCGCCAGCCGGAAAGCCGAUCCGUUUAUUAAACGUUGGCAUGAACUUUUUAUGCAUCUUUGGAGGAACCGCACAAAUUACCAGGGAAUGCUAGAGAACCCACUGGUUUCCUUUGUCUUGCAGCAGGACUUUUCUCAAUCAAUCGAGCGAGGAUUCGCUUGGGAGUUUGAUGUCGAGCCCAGAACCGUCUUUGAGUAUAUCACACAAGUCGUUGCCUGGCAACGUCUAUGCCUCCUGGAGGAUGCCGGGGAUGGCUUCAGUUGCGCAGAUUACGCGCAGGAUCAUAUCCUCUGGUUCGACGUGCUUCGCGAGAAUUGGGGCAUUGAGUCACUGAUCGGCUACAAAGGUGAAGACGCUUUUAAUCUUCUUGCGACGCGUGUGGACGCAGAUCCGGAAUCCGACGAAUACAAAAGGGCUUACCAGGUCGUUUGGCACUUUUUGUCGCAAUGCAGUAUGCAAAAGAUUACCCACGGGAAAAAUCUAACCAAAGCCCCUGCAUUAGGCCUCUUGUGGGAUUUAAAAGAAAAUGAGGGCAAGGACAUUGAACCCGGCACCUUUGCUGAGCUUCUGCGUUACGGGACCACGCACUUCCGCCAGACCAGGAGUGAAAUUAAUUAUGUCAAAGUCGAAAAGCCAGACAACACCAUGCGUAAAGGCCUCUUGGAACCAUAACUUUGAGGAUAUCUCAGCUGCGGUUUCCAAGGGAAUGACUCUUAUGUUGUGUAUUUGUGGUGUCGCAAUCCACACUGUGAUGCUGAGAGCCC